AUGGACCCCGAGAAAGAAGCCCUCCCCUCCUCCUCCUCCUCCGACGAAGAAAGCCCCCAGUCCUCAACACCGCCCGACCAACUCGAAGACCCAGCAGCCUCCCGCAACGUCCGCGGCCUCCGCUGGCUGCUCGUCUGCACCGCCCUCUACAUCGGCACCUUCAUCUACGGCCUCGACACGACCAUUGCCGCCGACGUGCAGGGCGCCGUGGUGGAGGCGUUUGGCCACGUCGAGCAGCUGGCCUGGAUCGGCGCGGGCUUCCCGCUCGGCUCCGUCUCCGUCAUCCUGCUCUACGGCGUGCUCUACGCCAGCUUCAACAUGAAAUGGGUCUUUGCCGCCUCCAUGGUGCUCUUCGAGGUCGGCUCCGCCCUGUGCGGUGCAGCGCCCACCAUGACGGCCCUCAUCGUCGGCCGCGUCAUCGCCGGCUCCGGCGGCAGCGGCGUCUUCAUGGGCUGCCUCAACUACUUCGCCGCCCUGACGACCCCCCGCGAGCGCGGCAUCUACAUCACCGGCACGGGCUUCUGCUGGGGCAUCGGCGCCGUCCUGGGCCCCGUCGUCGGCGGCUCCUUUGUCCAGUCGAGCGCGACCUGGCGCUGGGCCUUUUACAUCAACCUCAUUGUCGGCGGCGCCUUUGCCCCCGUCUACCUCUUCGGCCUGCCCUCGGUCCACCCGGUGACGGGCGGCGUCUCCGUCCUCGAGCGCGUGAAAAAGAUUGACUUCCUCGGCCUGCUGCUCGGCGUCGGCACCUGGGUCUCCUUCUGCAUGGCCUUUACCAUGGCCGGCGGCCAGUGGUCGUGGCACGACGGCCGCACCAUCGGCACCAUCGUCGCCUUUGUCGUCAUCGUCGCCUGCUUCGCCCUCCAGCAGACGUUCUGCCUCUUCACAUCCCCCGAGAACCGCUCGUUCCCCGUGCACCUGCUGCGCUCCCGCUCGCAGAUCCUGCUCUACGUCGCCACCUCGUCCAACAUCACGGCCCUCUUCGUCGUCGUCUACUUCAUCCCCAUCUACUUCCAGUUCGUCCACGGCGACUCCGCCAUCGAGGCCGCCGUCCGCCUGCUGCCCUUUGUCGUCCUCACCGUCAGCUUCAACCUCGCCGCCGGCCACCUGCUGUCCCGCGUGCGCUACUACAUGCCCAUCUUCGCCGUCGCCGGCUUCUUCAUCACCCUCGGCAGCGCCCUGCUCACCGCCUAUCUCGACCCGGACACCCCCACCGCCUACAUCUACGGCUUCACCGUCCUCACUGCCGUCGGCACGGGGCUCACCCUGCAGAUUGGAUACGCAGUCGCCACGCUCAAGGUCCCCGCUGCGCAGAUGGGCGACGCCCUGGCCUUGCAAAACGUCUCCCAAAUUGGCGGCACCGUCAUCGCCCUCGUAAUCGCCGGCCAGGUCUUUCAGUCCGAGGCCACAAAGAACUUGACUGCUGCGCUGGCACAGACGGACUUUACCGCUGCUGAUAUCCAGAGCGCCAUUGCUGGUGCGCAGAGCCGCAUCUUUGAGGAGAUUACGGGGGAUUUGAGAGCCUCGGCCGUCCUGGCCAUCACAAAGGCCAUGCAAAAGGCGUUUAUCCUUGUUUGUGUCGGGGGUGGUGUGCACACUGUUUCGGCACUGCUGAUGAAGCGUGAGAAGCUGUUUGGCGAGGUUGUCAUUGUCGCUGCAUAA